UUAUCUUACAAAAGAGACUGAAAGCCUAAAAUAGAUCCCCUUAAAUAGAUCCCCUUCUUGCUGUUUCUUCCCUUUCUCUGGAAACCCUUAAAUGCAUCGCCGUUUUAUUCUGCAUUCGAUUCGAUUUACUAUCAAUUCUGUUUACACCUUCAUUGUUGCUCUGGUUCCCCGAUUUGAGACCCUAACGGCGACGCAGUGUUGACCAAUUAGGGUUUUGGUUAUCAUCUUCUCAUUGUCGUCGCGAUCAAGGUUAACAUCUUCCGCUACAGAGUUGUGUUCGAGUUUUACCUUUUGCGACACAUACAAUAAUAUUUAUAGAGAAUAAGGUUAGUUUUCAUGGCGACACAGAUAUUUCAAUUAUUUUUACACAGGUUUCUCAGCUGGUUCUGUUUUAAGUUACCAUCGAUAUGUUAGAAAUCAGGCUCUUUGAGGUUGACCUUAUGUCAAAUCCUAUUGUAUAAGUUUGUCAAUGUAUAUGUAUCUCUGUGUUCAAAUCAUUCUACAUACAUGUUGCUUACAUAACUGCUUGAUAACAUGAUAUUUUUUUAAAUUUACCUUUUGUGUUAAAAAUGAGGUCAUCAACUAUUGGGAACAUGUAUGGUUUUGUAAUUUUGCAUUAAGCAAUCCCCAAUAUCUCUUUUUCUGAUUUAUAGGGUUAACUAUUGUUGUAUUCAUAAGCCAUUUUUGUCAGAAUAUGUGGGAAAUAGAUGAAAUUUUUUAAUUGGUUAUACAUUCGAGUUUUGGGAUUUAAGCGCCUCACACCUUUAUAAAUGAAAAUAAUGCUGAGUUAUAAUACACAGGUAUCUAAAGAAGUAAUUUUUUGAAUGUUUAGUAUAUAAAUUAUAUUUUGUUCAACCCGUGUAUUACACGGGGUUCUAACCUAGUAUAAUAUAAAAAACACCCAUGUGUUUUCCUUGCGAUCCUCAACAUGUUUUUUCAGUAAGUUUAUAUGUUUAUGGCUUUCUCAUCUAUACACACACAGAGGGUUCGGGGGCUAGAACUAAUACCUAACAUGUAGUAUGUCAAAAAUGGAGUAUAGUGUAGCAUGCCAACGAUAGAAGUGUAUUGUUGACCAUGUAUGCAUUGCAUAACAUCUAAAGACCCCUUACAACUCCAAGGCUUCACCCUUAUAAAUAUCAUUAUGUGCGCACCUAUUUCAUAAAAAAAUAAUCAUUCGUCUAUCAUAUUUUCACUUAUAAAGUUACACAUACAUAAUGGACGUGGUUUAUGCAGAGAUAGAGAUCACCUCUUCACUUUCAGCUCCUAAAGUUUUCAAAGUCUACACUGACUUUGACAUCAUUGCCCCUAAGAUCAAUCCCGAAUCUUACAAAACCAUCACCGUUAUCAAAGGUGAUGGUGGAGUUGGAAGCAUCAAGAGCAUGACAUAUAGUGAUGGAACAAGUUCGAAGCACACAAUCGAUGACAUUGACGCAAGCAACUUUAUACUAAGUUGGACGUUCUUUGAAGGAGACGCCUUGAUGGGUAUAAUAAACACAGCUACUCAUCAUAUGAAGUUCAUACCUUCUCCUAAUGGAGGAUCCGUAUUCAAACAAACAUUUGUAAUUAGGUAUAAAGGUGAUGCUAAGCAAAUGGAUGAUGUUAUUAAUAUUACUAAAGAAGCAAUCAAGAAUACUUUCAAGAAGAUGGAGUCUUAUGCUAUUGCCCAUCCUGAAGUUUACUAAUGCUUUCAUCUAGAUAAGAUGAUGUGUUCGACUAUCACAUCAUUGUACUCUAUUUUUGUUUCAUGUAAUAAUGAACAAUAAAAUAUAUUAAUUACGCAUAAUAAAUUUUCUAAUCCACAGACUAA